CUUUUUGUUCCCGUCGAAGCCAUUUUAUUCAGUAACCUUCGGAUGUUAAUUGCGGAUGAUGAUGAGACAAGUUUCCGAGGUAAGUGCUUUCACAAAUAGGAUUGUUGCUCUGCUAAACACUUGUACUUCUCAAACUCAGCUGCACCAGAUUCAAGCCCAACUGGUCAUCCAUAAUCUCCAUUCAGACAGCACCAUUGCUUCCCACUUCAUCACUGCAUGCCAGUCCCAAGGUCUUCUCAGCUCCGCUUUUCUACUCCUCACCUUUCUUCCAAGACCAAAUGUUUUCAUCUGCAAUUCUCUCAUUAGAGCUUUCGCUCACUCUCACAUUCCUCGUAUCCCCCUUGCCAUAUACUUCCAUAUGCACAGGAAUUCUGUUCACCCUAAUAACUACACCUUCCCUUUCCUUUUCAAAUCUUUAUCUGACUUCCGUGAGUUUAAACAAGUUCAGUGCAUUUAUACUCACGUCUUGAAACUGGGUCAUCUUAAUGAUAUUUAUGUUCAAAACUCACUUCUCGAUGUAUACGCGUCUUGUGGCCGCAUGGACUUGUGCCGACAACUGUUUGAUGAAAUGCUUCAGAGGGAUGUUGUGUCGUGGACAGUAUUAAUUAUGGGCCAUCGAAAUGCUGGGAAGUACGAUGAUGCGUUGAUUGUCUUCGAACAGAUGCAAUAUGCGGGUGUACUGCCUAACAGAGUGACGAUGGUAAAUGCCUUAGCUGCCUGUGCAAAAUUUGGCGCUAUUGAAAUGGGUAUCUGGAUACAUAAUAAUCUAAAGAAGAAUGGGUGGGAACUUGAUGUUGUACUGGGGACUGCGUUAAUUGAGAUGUAUGCGAAGUGUGGAAGAGUAGAAGAAGGGAUGGAUGUUUUCAGAAUGAUGAAGGAAAAGAAUGUAUUUACUUGGAAUGCACUUAUUAAAGGGCUGGCUUCAGCUAAAGGAGGCGCAGAAGCAAUCUGGUGGUUUCACAGAAUGGAGGAGGAAGGAGUAAGAGCAGAUGAAGUGACUUUAGUCGCAGUCCUUUCUGCUUGUAGCCACUCAGGUCUGGUGGACAUGGGACAACAGAUUUUUAGUUAUUUGGUUGAUGGGAAGUAUGGAUUUUCACCUAAUGUCAAACACUAUGCGUGCAUGAUCGACCUCUUAGCACGUUCAGGGCGCGUAAAAGAGGCUUUUGAAUUCGCAAGACACAUACCUUUUGAGCCUACGAAAGCGAUAUGGGGAUCCUUAUUUGCCAGUUCCAAAUCUCAAGGGCAAUUGGAGCUCAGCGAAUUUGCAGCCAGAAAACUGGUAGAUUUGGAGCCACAUAAUUCUGCCUAUUAUAUUCAUCUGUCAAAUCUGUAUGCAGAGAUGGGAAGAUGGUGGGAUGUGGAAAGCGUUAGGGGAAUGAUGAAAGAUAGACAGUUAACCAAGGACCUGGGGAGUAGUUCUGUGCAGAUUGAACCUAAACAGGACGCCAAUGUUUAGUGCUGUAUCCUCAAAGCAUUUAGAUAAAUGCUUGCUAAGAUGGAAUACUUAUCACCCGAUUAAAGAAAUGUUAAAUGAGGACAUGCAUGGAGACUGAAAAACCGAAUUAGCUGGCCCUUUUUUGUUGAGGCCUGCUGUUUUGCUCUCUCUCUCUCUCUAUAUAUAUAUAUAUAUAUAUAUUUUCCCUUGAUUACUUGAUUUUUGAUGGUUAGUUUUGUAAAUUAACCUCAUCUGGCAUCCGCUCCAGAAACUUCAUUUUCUGCUGAAGUCAAUGACAAUAAUUACAGUGCAAACUGGAAGGUGAUUCCAAAGAACAGAGCAAUAUAAUUCUAUAACUUACUUGUGUAACAUCAAACGGAACAGGGAUUUGAAGCUAAGACUUCCAAUCGAAUAAAGUACGCAAAUCUUUAGCUGGACCUUUGAUCAAGCUGGUCUUGCAGAGUGAUAUCAGCUACCCAUGCAUUAACAUGGAAUCGUGAUUCAAACAGCUUCCUAGUCUGUGAGUUCAUCAAGUAUUGAACAGUGGACAGGUGAUGCAGAUCCACCAAGGCAUCCCAUACAUAGGUUUUUUUCCCAGCUCCCAAACAAGUUUAGAAGCCAGUGGAUCAUAAUGUUGGGACUCCACUUCCAGCCACACCCCUAUGAUCGCCAUCUUGAAUUCUCUGCUAAUCAGCUGGGUCCCUUUCUCAGCAUACUCGUGGACAAUAUAUUGCGUGAUUGCUCUUGAUUCUGCAUAUUGAAAUGCUUUUGUUAAAUAAUUUAAUUCUACAAAGGCUGUGUUGAUUAUCUCUUUGUAAGCUUGUUGGAGAUAUAGACAUACCAGAUAGUUGCAGGUCUCCCUCUUCAAAUGCCGGUACUUGACCGAGUGGCUGCAUCGACAUUUGACAGAAAGGUGAGUCAGUUGAAAUGAAAUUCAGCUGACAAGGGGAGCCCGGAAAGCCUUGUUAUGUUUUGUGGCAUGACUUACAUUAAGAGAAAUGAAUUCCUUUUUGUGCU